UGUGCAGGGUGAAGAAAUUACAGAGAGAGGGGUGAAGAGGCAGUGAAAGGUGUCACUAAAAUAACAAACUUUACAGGAUUUAAAGGAAGAAAGAAAACAAAUCAAAGAAAGCAUACAAUGGCUUGAAAGGGAGAAGAAACUGGACAUAUUUCUUUUCUUGUGGGAGUUGAGGAGUUUCAAGGUGAGAGGGCUGUCACCCUUCCCUACCGUUGCUUUUCUUCCAUCAUGGUGGACCUGUUCCUAAACAGAGUUCUGGUAGAGAACAACUGGGACCAGGAUGAGCUCAACACAGAGCGUGAAAUCACCGGGAUCCUCGAAAACCGCAUCCUGAUGCUGUUCUUUGCAUCUGCUGAGUGUGAAGAGUGCCAGGAGUUUGUGCCUGUUCUGAAUGAUUUUUUUAAGAGACUCAAAGAUCCGGCGUACAUCGAAUACCCCAAACUGCUCGCGCUCAUCUACAUCAGCUUGGACCAAUCAGAGGAGCAGCAGGAGAGAGUCCUCAAAGAGAUGCACAAAAAGGUUCUCUUCCUGGCCUUUGAGGACCCAUACAGGAAGGAACUGCAGGCCAUGUUUAAGGUGAAGGACGUUCCCACAGUAGUGGUCCUUCGUCCCGACGGCUCCAUUCUCUCUCCAAACGCUGUGCAGGACAUCUGUCGCUUUGGUUCCGACUGUUUCCACAACUGGCAGGAAUCGGCAGAGCUCAUUGAGAGGAGCUUCAUGCUCAACGAGGAGUUCGACAACCUAAAUCUGCGUAGUGCCACUGACCCCGUGAGGAGACUCAAGUACAAGACAGAGGACGACAAGAGGAAAAGGAGAUGGUGGAAGUUAUGGGGGAAAGGCAAGGAUGGAAAUGAAGGGGAGGAAGAGAGAGAUGGAGCGUGGGAUACAAAGAGGAAGGAGGGAGAUAAAGGAACGUGGAGGAGAAGAUAAAGAGAGAGGAUGAAAGGAAAAAAGUUUAUUUAAAAGGCAAAACCUUUUGUGUUGAUCCUCUCAGCACAUCUUCAGGUCCAGUCUCUUGCACUCGCUCACAGCCUCUUUAAGAAUUAUUUUCUCUGCCUGCAAGGACAUGUUCUGACAAGAGCUCCUUUAUUGUGUUGCUAGAGGUAAAGUGUAAUGGCAAGUAGAAGCAUAACAUAACUCUGCCUCCCUGCACAGAUUAUACAAAAUGUUGAAAGGAAUGAAAUAAUAUCGAGUUCCUUAAGAAAUACGCUACUAUUGCUGUUUGAAUUACUACAUGUUGUAUUCUUCCUAUUCUGAUUAUUAUUAAUAUAUCUAAAAUAUGAUAUGAAAGUCUAGUGUUAUCACUUCACCAACUAAUUGCUGAAGUUAACUAAGAAUAACUAAGAAAAGUUUUCAGUCAUAAGAGCAAAUGUCACAGCAUGUCUAUAUAGAUAAUACAUAUAAAACACACAUGUACAUGUACAGUACAUGUCCCAGAUCAUUUAAGUUGAUAUAGGCACUGAGCCCCACAAAUAAAUAUUUGUGUAUUAACAGUGGGCCAAAUAAAUACUUGUCAAGAGAAAGGGAUCACAUACACUGACCAACUGUACAGCUCUACAGACUUUUUUUUGUUGUUGUUGUUGCCUCUUUUAGCUCCUUGUUUUGGUUUUCUGGCCAGGUAAUUCAAAUCAUAUCAAGUCCAUUUCCAGCAGCAUCAGGCAGCUGUUAGAAAAUAAAAACAAACAACAAAAACAAAUGGAUGGCAGUGAAUGUAUUUCCAUGUCUGCUGGAUAUGUAAACAGGGAACUGUUUGAUAACACUUGUGCUUGUCAGCAUUUCCUGUUUUAGCAUGUUUAUGCCCCCAAGUGGGACAAAAAAAAGUAAUUGCAGCUGUAAACUAAAUUUAGGCGCUGGCGCCUGCUGGUGUUUAAUACAGUGUCAAGCAUUGUGUAUAUGUUAUUUAUUUUUAGCAUUAUUUUUAAAUUCUUUGUCAAUUAUGGCAUCUGUCCUGAGAUUUUUAUUUUAUUAUCAAAUAGUUAUGUAUAAGUUGUACUGAUCUCCAAAAAACCCAAAAAGAACCCCCAAUAAACUCUCUAUCCUGCUAACACAAACUGUGUCUAAAUUUCACUGACGUGGCUUCACGGCCACACUGUGCUGUUCCCUGCAGAGCGAA